UGCGUAUGGCUGGCACCACAAGCAAUCAAGAAAAAGGAACAUGACCUCUUCCGGUGAGCAUUGAAGCCUUUCUUCAGAAAGGGUGAUAAGAGUGCUACAAAGACACUCCUCGUGUCUGCAGCUUGCUUUUGCAGCUGCAAGCACAGGCAGCCAUGGCGGCGGACGGGGAGACGAGUGACGUCGACUUAAGCGACGACGAUGUGGAGUAUCUUGAUCCGAAGCAAUGCCGACAGCGGCUAUUGCUUCUUCUCGAUGAUCGGACUCGCCGAUUGCGAUUCGAGGAGCGACUGUUGCUCAAGGUGAAGACUAUGAGCGACAGCCUCGCGGAGAAGAGGGACAAUGUCGAAUCACUCUAUCGUGCUUUAGAAACGGAAAGGGCGAAAGUCGAGAAUGAGACGCUUGCCAGACAAGCGGAGAAGGCGAAGCGCUUCGGGGAGAUGGAUCGCAAUAUCCGGUCAUACUUGACCGAAGUAAUAUUUAAGUCUUCCGCAGAGCCAGCGUCGAGCUCAGGUGGUGGUGGCGGACAGAUUGUUUCUUCGGGUGGAGAUCCGCCGCUGCGGACGUUGCUUGUGAGCUAUUUCAAGCCAGGAAGCAGUGAACGCUGCGAUCUGAGGUAUAGAAUCGAUGACGAGAGCACCGUACGACAGAUGCGUGCUGAUGCUUGCCGCUACUGGCAAUUGUCGGAAAGCCAAUUCGUUUUGCGCAUGUCCAAUGGCUCGAAACUGCAAGAGGACAUGCGGAUGCUCAAUGUAUUUAAAGAUGGGGAAAUAGCGCAGCUGUUUCUGCUUCCGCGGGUGCAAACAAACACGGUCGUGUCCGAGGCGGAAAAAAAAUUAUGAUGAAAGGGCUGAGGGGAAAUAGAGGAUUUUCACGGGUAGGAAACUCCUUUGUUGGUAUUGCAAAAUACCAGCGUGUUAAAUUAUCCCUACGGUGCGGCAAUGAAAUGUAGCUCAGAGAUCUUUCCUUAUGGGGUCAAGACAGCUUAUUUUUGGCCUUUUUCAUACCAAGCCAUUCUUCCGAAGUCUGGGAAGUUUCGACGGACCGGGAACACAUUGGGUGAUAGGGAAAUGAUGGCCGGCAUAGGAGUAACUCCAGAACAGGAGCUGCGGAAGUGUGGCGGCGCGAGUUUGUUGGUACGCACCAAGGAACAGAAGCCAAGCGAGUACUUGACACGCAUUCGCUUCCGAGAUAUUGUUGUGUAUUUGGUGCUAACGUUAGCUUGGUGGUGGCUCGUGCUUUCCGGCCAGCGGUGGCCAGGACAGGCCUAUCCGCUAGUCGACGACAUAGGCAGGGUUUUGGGCCAUGAAGACUUCAUGCGCAUCAACAGCACAAGGGAAGCACUAGUAUGGUGGCAGAGAAGUUACCAAAAGUAUUUGACGCCCCCGUUCACGACCUUCAACAUAGCAUACGGAUUCCUUCGGCUACGGCAACAGAAAGUGACAUGGGAAACGUGUCCCGCUCCAGUUUUGCUCUUAGAUAUAUGGCAAAAGAAAGAUUAGCAAGCAUUCUGAUGAACAGAAGAAGUGCGGUGGAGUUAUAGAAAUUGUGAGUUCGACGUAGAGACACGAGAUACAACGAGUGCAACGUCGGACGUACAGUACCUAGCCUUGUACGAGUCUACUAAGAUAAUUUUAUAGUACCUACAAGUCAAGUCCAAGUUGGUAAGCAUGCGUUGCAACAUUCACCGCGGUUCUUUGUAGUCUUUCAAUGUAAACAGUCGGGCUGCUCAACGGCAGAAAAUGCACAGAUGACGGCGCUACUGAAACUGGCGCAUUAAGUCCCGUACUGGAGGCAUACUGGAACUUGCAAGAUUCGCACAGUCGCAGCAAAGGAGGAAACUACGGGCGGGGAAUAGUACUGAAGGGUUCUGAAGACAUCACAAUACUCUUGGAUGCGUAAUAAGAUUUCUUUGUUAUUGUUGUUUAUGACUGUGACCGCUUCGCGCUUCUCUGUUUUUGAUCUGGUUUUACCUUUUGCAUUUCAUAAUUUCUUAAAUGAUCAGCAUCACAAUUGAAGAUUAUAUCGAAUUUCGCAUGAUAACUUCAGACGAAGCCGUACUUACAUCAGUCGGAUGGUCGGCUCGGGUCGCUGACAGGGAGCUCCGGCAAGACAUACGAUGGUAGUGGCUACGCUGUCGACUAUGACCUGAUGUUUGAUGCGUCACAGGUUGCUACCUCCAUUGAGCAGGAUAUAGUAGCGCUUCAUAAUGCCGAGUGGCUGGAUGCGCGCACGAGGCUAGUGACGUGGUCACUCACUGUAUACAGUAUGAAAGGAGUGUGAUAUAUGUAGAUCGAUUACUUUUUUGGCGAGUCAGCGUCGGUGUAUGGAAAGCGGUCCAUUAAUGUCCGUGGGAUCGGUCGAAACUACAUCAAAAUGAGAAGUAUUCUACUGUUGAAGAGCAACGAUUCCAAGAAGGCACUAGUGCUGCAGCACGGAUAAGUCCUCAUAUCUUCUACAACUAUUUAUCCCUGGUGGUGACAUAUCUUAUCGAUAUCAGUUCCCACGCACCUAGAGAUAAAAAGGACUUGCCAAAAGUAGUUCGCUCGAUCUUUUUAAGCCGUAUCCUCACUACGAUCUAUUCCUGAGCCUGGACUACAUUUUGGAGACGCCAUUAGGUGGACAGCCGAUGCCGCGAAUUCAAGCCCUGCCUUUCCGUCCGAACACACGCGAGACUGUGGUCGAAAACUCUGAAGCCUUGACUUUUCAUAUCCGACUACUCUGCGCCCUCUACAUCCUCUGCAGCGUCAUCACGAUGGAGGUGCUUUUUUGAAGAUAUUGAUUAUGAAUGCUCCGUUAUCUUCAGUUACGUUUACUUACUAUUGGGUCUUCUUUUUUCACCUGUUCAGAGAAAGCAAGGGUCUUCGAUUCUCCUCGACUUCUAGGUAGCUGCGCGAGAACGUGUCUACAAGGCGGGGGGAAAGUAUCUUUUCACGCUGUUGGGAAUAGCGGACCAGCUGAUUGUGGUGACAGCCAUUUUUUCAUAUUUUUUUCAGCUCGUUGCCUUCGGUCAGGAAUCAACCUUGGAUGUAAUGCGACCGGGAAAGACUGAGUUCCGACACUACGCAACUUACGGAGAAUCGUAUCAUCUUGGGGCUGUCGCAAAUUUUUGGAUCCAUGAACUUUGUUUUUCAGGGCUGCAUUGUUGCUUUAAUUUACUACCAACUUUUGAAUAUUCUUUCAUUCCUAUCAUGAACGUUGACAGGUACUGGGCUGCGUUCCAGGUGGACGGAGUGAUGAUUGCGUACUUGAUGCUUCGACUGAGUCGAUACUUCACGAUUUUGCGUCGUGUCUGGUUUCUCUGGCAAACGCUUGGGCGUCUAACUUUCAAGCUCGCUUACUUCAUCGCUCUGUCAGUAGUUUAUGCUGCGACAAGACACAAGAAUUUUACAAAUGAUUCCAACUUUCAGAGCUUCACUGCAUUAAAAUAUACACGAUCUUAAGAUGUUGUGAACAAGUUGUACUGACUAGGACAUGUUUUCAUUUCUUUUUGGUCGCGUUUUGGACGAAGCUUGGGCACACGAUAUUCGGUCAAGUUUACGGUGAUAGUCACUGGGUAGAUCUUCGUGCCUCCUUCCUCAGUGUGAUGCGGUUGCUUCGUGGAGACGGGAACUUUUUGUGGCUUCCAACUUUUGAUCCGGCAAUAGCAACUUCCAGGGCGCCAACGUUCUACAUUUGGGCAAGUGUCUACGGGGUCUGCUACUAUUUGACGAUGGUUCUCGUCAUCCAGAAAAUCUUCACCGCAAUUAUAGUUUUAUGGUUUCGGGAAGAUUCAAAUUUGGAUUCCUCUGAUAAGCAGUUCUCGCUUCAAGAAGAAAUACCACAAGUAUCGUUUUCUAGUUUAGAAGGAUCGCUUUGAUCUUUCUAUGGUCACUAGCACUACGGGAAUUUAGCAUUACUAGACUUCUCACGAAGAGAAUAAACGUAUAUGAAUGUUGUAUCAAGAAAUCUUAAUCUCUUCGCUAGACCUAGACUACGUCUAAUGCGGGAGCAGUUUCUGCUGGUGAAGCUAUGUUGGGAUCCGAGACCACAGACUCCGUGGGACCCCAGACGGACGCUGCAAUGGGCCACGCCACCUCUUCUAUUCGAAUCUGCCGGCAACCUCUUAGCAAAAGCGCAGGCAUAUUCUGCCAAGAAGGCUGCUUGAUAUAGCACGAGCUUAUGCAAAGUUUGACAAUUAUGUGAGAACUCCAUGUUUGACAGUGUCAGAACGCCAUGUUUGAUAAUCUGGGAGGAACGCCAUGUUUGACAGUGUGAGAACGCCAUGCAGCUUGGCUGUGUGAGAACGCCAUGUUUGAGUUUAGUUUCGAUUGACUGUUUGAGAACGCCGUUUUAACUGAUGGUGAGACUGUUAGCGCCAUGCUUGAGUUUGAUUCGAUUGACUGUGUCAUAACAUCAAGCUACCUCUGUGUAUAAUGCUAGCUCUGACUCCUUUUGUAUUUUCCAUCGUAGCUGCCUCUGCUGUCUGAGAAAGAAACUGCCUGUGAUUCUUAGUCGUUUUGUAGGCCAGACAUUUAAAAAAUUUCUGUAAUGAGAUCGCAAAGGAAAUGCGGUAGUUCCCACUGACUCCCG